GUGACCGUGUUGCUCGCUAACAUGGCGGAGGUGGAAGCAGCGAAGGCUCUGGGAGGUUUACUGAACGGAAUCGCUCAGCAGGUUUAUUACAACAACAGCGACAUCACGGAGGAGCUGCUGAAGAGCGAGCUGUACCCGGAAGCUGCUCCGGAGGACUUCCGGUCCCUGCUGGAGAAGAUGAAGGGCCUGCUGAAGUCCAUCGCGGCGGCCGACAUGGACCCGGUCCAGCUGGAGUUCUUCCUGACGGCCCAGACCCGGAAACAGGGCGGGGGCGGUCCGACCCCCGAGCAGGCGGCCGCCCUGACCCGGUUCUGGAAGAGCCAGCGGCUCCGGGUCCGGGAGAGCCUGCUGAACCAGAGCCGCUGGGAGCCGGGCCUGAGAGGCCUGUCCUGGAGGGUGGACCUGCAGGCCGCCCACGGAACCGGGACCGGGGGGACCGGGGACCACGGGGGCCCCGUGGCCCUGAUGGAGCUGGAGCUGGGCCGGCCCGGACAGGACUCGGAGUUUGUCUCUCUGGAGUUCGACGAGGCCAAAGUCGCCGAGGUGCUGAAGAAGAUGUCGGACAUCCAGGAGAGUAUCGACCGGAUCGUGCACCGCUCCUGACGCUCCGGGGCGGUCCUGACGCUCCGG